GCAGAGGCGGGGCGUUAAGAAAAGGGAGGAGCGAGGCCAGAGCCAGACAUGGCGUGUGGCUUCCGCAGAUCCAUUGCCAGCCAGCUUUCCAGAGUGCUGGAUCUUCCACCAGAAAACUUGAUCAAAUCAAUAUCUGCAGUUCCAAUUUCCAGAAAAGAAGAAGUAGCUGACUUUCAGCUAUCUGUGGAUUCUUUACUGGAAAAUAGCAAUGACCCGGUAAGACCAGAUAUUCAAGUUCAAGCCAAGAAACUGGCAGAGAAGCUGAAAUGUGAUACAGUAGUGAGUGAAAUCAGCACUGGUCCAGGAACUGUGAAUUUCAAAAUAAACAGGGAACUACUAACAAAGGCUGUGUUACAUCAAGUAAUAGAAGAUGGCUCAAAAUAUGGACUAAAAAGUGAACUUUUCUCUGGUCUUUCCCCAAGGAAGGUUGUGGUUGAAUUCAGAUUUUUCUGCUUUUGCUGUGUCCCACAAAUUUACUGUUCACCUAAUGUUGCCAAAAAAUUUCAUGUUGGACAUUUGCGUUCCACCAUCAUAGGAAAUUUUAUAGCAAAUCUCAAAGAAGCUUUAGGACAUCAAGUAACAAGAAUAAAUUACCUUGGAGACUGGGGUAUGCAAUUCGGUCUUCUGGGAACAGGCUUUCAACUGUUUGGCUAUGAAGAAAAACUCCAGUCCAAUCCUUUGCAGCAUCUCUUUGAAGUUUAUGUACAAGUUAAUAAAGAAGCAGCAGACAAUAAAAAUAUAGCAAAAUUGGCCCAUGAAUUCUUCCAACGAUUAGAACUGGGUGACAUCCAAGCACUUUCACUGUGGCAAAGAUUUCGGGACUUGAGCAUUGAAGAGUACAUUCGGAUUUACCAGCGUUUAGGAAUAUACUUUGAUGAAUAUUCAGGAGAAUCAUUUUAUCGUGAAAAAUCUCAAGAAGUCUUAAAGUUGCUGGAAAGUAAAGGACUCCUACAGAAAACGAUAAAAGGAACAGCUAUAGUAGAUCUCUCUGGGAAUGGUGACCCCUCUUCAAUUUGUACUGUAAUGCGAAGUGAUGGGACUUCUCUCUAUGCAACCAGAGAUAUAGCAGCUGCUAUAGAUCGAAUGGACAAGUAUAAUUUUGAUACAAUGAUUUAUGUGACAGAUAAAGGGCAAAAAAAGCAUUUUCAGCAAGUAUUCCAAAUGCUGAAGAUCAUGGGAUAUGAUUGGGCAGAAAGGUGCCAGCACGUGCCCUUUGGAGUAGUCCAAGGAAUGAAGACAAGAAGGGGAGAUGUCACUUUUCUGGAAGAUGUCUUAAAUGAGAUUCGACUAAGGAUGCUACAGAAUAUGGCUUCCAUUAAAACAACUAAAGAACUCGAGAACCCACAAGAGACUGCAGAGAGGGUUGGGCUUGCAGCGCUCAUUAUUCAGGACUUCAGAGGUUUACUCUUAUCGGAUUAUCAGUUCAGCUGGGGUCGUGUUUUCCAGAGUCGUGGGGAUACAGGAGUCUUCCUUCAGUACACGCACGCCCGCCUCCACAGUUUGGAAGAGACUUUUGGAUCUGGUUAUCUGAAUGACCUCAACACUGCUUGCUUACAAGAGCCACAGUCUGUUUCAAUUCUCCAGCAUCUUCUCAGGUUCGACGAAGUGCUUUUUAAAUCAUCUCAGGACCUUCAACCCAGGCACAUUGUUAGUUACCUUCUAACUCUAAGUCAUCUUGCAGCUGUGGCACACAAAACACUCCAAAUAAAAGAUAGUCCUCCUGAUGUGGCUGGGGCCAGACUUCAUCUUUUCAAAGCUGUCCGUUCUGUCUUGGCCAAUGGAAUGAAACUUCUUGGAAUAAUUCCUAUUUUCUUCAGGAGCAAGGACCUAAGAACAAAUCAGAACUACAAUUAAAAGUUCAUCUAACAAACAAAAAAAUCACCCAAAUCAGGUAAGAAAAACAUCUAUGGAAUGUCUGGAGAUACCCAACACUGAAGUUUUAGGUGGUUAGCUUUAUACAGGUUACUUACUAUGAGUCAGGCAGAUUCCCUGCAAAACAACCCCAGGAGAUAGUGACGUUAUUCCCAUUUUACAGAUGACGAAACAAACAUAGGUUAUGUAACGUCUCCAAGGUUAUACAACUAAUAAAUGGUACAGGCUAGAUUUGAAUCAUACUAUUAAAUGGUUUUCUGCAGCAUUACUGUUUAUCUACCUGCAUUUGUAAAAGGAAUAAAUUCUAAAAUUAAAUGUAAAUACAGGCCAGGCCUACACUUGAUAGAUUUUCCUUGUGUGUUUUAUAAUAUAGAACUGGUCAAUAGUGAAAAUGAUUAUAUAGCAUAAAGCACCCUAAAAUAUUUACUGCUUAAGUAAUUCAGAAGCCAACUGAAUGGCAGGAAACUUAUAUUAGAAGGACUAACAUAGCAGUGGUGUCAGAAAGCUAGCUAUAAUAUUUAACUUAUAUUAAUUACAUGAGAACAAAAAUGUUUAAAUGAAAAAAAUAAAUCUUUAUAAAAUAGAAAAUAAAAAUCUAGACUUGGAUUAUUUUCAAAACCAAUUCACACCUAACCAAGUCCAGAACAGGAAAAUAUAAGCUAAAGAAGGAGAUGAAAAUGUUUUCUGUUUUCUUCAAAAUAAUCCUAACUAAUUUAAUCCAAGUAUCAUUUUCUUGAGUACCAUUCAUAUUAGUUGUCCCCGAGAAUCUAUGGGGCAUUGAAUCAUACUAUAAAAUGGUUUUCUGCAAAAUUACUGUUUAUCUACGUAUUCCUAUUGUAAGAGGAAUAUGAAAAUUUGUACAUGUUCUAGUCCCAUAUAUUAAGUGGCAUAUUUGCAUGCAACCUACAGACAUCCUUCUGUAUACUUAAUUUAUAGGUUACUUACCAUACCUAAUACAAUGUAAGUGGUUAUAUAAAUACCUGCUCUACUAGAUAGUUCAGAGGAUAAUGACAAGAAAAAGUCUGUAUAGAUGCAUUUUUCCCCCCAAAUUUUUUCUAAUGGCUGAUUGAAUUCAGGGAUGCAGAACCCACAGAUAGGGAGGGCCUACUGUUCACCUUGAUCACUCAGGUCGUCAUGUAUCUAACAUCUCUGGAACAGAGAAGCCAUGACUGCAAAAAAAAAAGCUCUUUUUAAUACCUAAGCAGUCCCCUCACUUUCACAUAGAACCCGGCAUCCUUCAGCUUCAGCUCUAGGACCAUUUAAAAAGCCUAACUAUGGCCUCCUUACAUUCCACACAAUUGUGAUUUGUAGUAAGAAAACUAGGAAUUUCUACAAACAGCACAGCCAGUUGCCAUUUUUAAUGAGAUGAGUGAAUCAGGUAGGUGAAAGGUUCUUCCAUAUUAACAACUAAUAUAAACUAAGACAUACUUAUCUGUAAUCCAAACAGCAUCACUGAAGCAAUGGUAGAAAGGACAAUGGCUGCUGCUGCAGAAAAGCCUUUCAUAAUGUUGUCUGUGUACUUGACCACAACAGAAGUAUAGAGGCCUCCAACACUUGCAAGAACUUGAGAUAGAGAAAGAGAAAAAUCUUAACACUCAAAUAAAUAAAACAUUCCAUAAUGAUGAGCUAAUUUCAUUCCCAGAAAUGCUAUACUAAUUUACCUAGAAAAAAUACUAUUUUCCUUAGAAGCAGUCAACUGAGAGUUUGUACUAAAAGUGAAUAGUAGUUCCUUCAUAAAUGUUUCUUGGAUGCCUAAUAAUCUAUUACUAAAUUGUAAACAUUUAUUGCUAUCACAUUUGACACUUUUGAUUAUGAAAGAAAAUUGUUUUGGGGUAGAGUGCCACAAAAGAAAGUCAAUAAAACCAAAAUUACAUUUUUGAACUGAUAUUCACAGUAUCAAAAGAAUAAUGUCAAAAUGCUAUAAAGGUUUAAAGUAGAUAUCUAACCUUAAAAAAAAAAAGUAAAAA